ACUACUGUCUAACUUCACGCCGGUUACAUAUAUAACCCCCUCAUUUUUUCUCAGUGGUGUUGUGAAUGUGAUACGUAGAUGCCAAGUCCAGUUAGGGCAACGGACCUGACAUUUUACUGCCGCCCAACGUGGGGCGUCGACACAUCCUCCCUCCGUAACCAGAAGACGACGCGCCGCAACCCCGUUAGACGGAGGAAAAGACCACCACUUCAAACGUAGCCGGCGUUUUAUACUGAAGUCGACUUGUGGCUCGGAGGAGGGAUUGACGACGCUCUACGAAGCCACAAGAAUCACAAUUUUGACACUUACAGACUCUGGAAGUACACCCUGGAGAUUGGAUCUACAUUAAAGUAAUCAAAAGGAAAUCCUGGUCCAGCCCAAAGUGGGAAGGGCCAUUCCAAGUGUUACUAACAACACCAACUGCAGUUAAAAUCGCUGAGAGGUCGAGUUGGAUCCACCUAAGUCACUGUAAGCUGGUAAAACGCCUGGACAACCCAGAGGAAAAGCCAUCCAGCCCAGAGGAAAAGGUCAUCUUGGGUGCAUCUAUCCCACUACAAAGACAAAGACCAAAGGUUGAAGCAGACAAGUAACCAGCUGUGACCAAGAAGAGGCCUGUCACCUCAGACCAGGAUCAGAAGCAGACAUACUACAAGCUUGAAAUAAGAGCACUGAAGCUGACGUGACCAGAGCAGGAGACAGAAGCAGACGAAACUGCAUCUUUGAAAACAGGAGACAAGACGAUCCUGUUCUAAUCCUGUGCACCUGUGUUUAAAAGAAACAUCAAGAACAGGGCACAGGACAGAGUAUAUGACACAUUAUCUUAAGUCCACUUGCAACAUGCCUUACACAUACUGAUAAUAGUACAGAUUUAUGCACUACAACUGAAGGGAAAUAACAGAAAAAAAAAAAAAGGUUCCAGAUUCCCUCAGUCCCUUGCUGAACUGAACUGAGACUGAACUGUCACCUUCAGCCCCUAAGCCCACAUAAACUGCACCUUUUGAACUGUCACUAAAGAUGACACCUGUACCAGUCAACAUGAAGGACGAAGAGCUCCUGCUGAGGAGAGAAAGAGUUAAACGACGUAAGGGAGAAAUCCGAGAGGUUCAUAGCAGAAAGAAAUGCUCUUGUUUUUGUUGUUGUAUGAUCAUGUUGAUUCUGUUAGCAGGGGUAAUAUAUUUACUUCAUCAUUUCCGGUUACAAGGGACAGCUAGACAAAGCGAAGUGCGUUCGCAAAAAUCAAUAAAAGAUACAUACCUAAACAGAUGCUAGCACUACUUGAUGAGAUAAACGAUACCACAGACAAUCCAUUACAGCAAAACUCAUGGUACAAUUAUGCAACAAUCGUAGCUCAAUCAGUUAAUGAGACAGACUGUUAUGUCUGUUCAUACAUCCCAAUAUCCAGCACACAACCAACUUUAUGGGCACGACCAUUUAGUUAUGGUGUCACUGACUGUAUUGUUCAAGCUAUGUACGUAACAAUGACUGGUGAGGAUCACGUAUAUAUGUCCAAAGCAUACAGCGGAUGGAAUGGAUCUCAUUGGGGUAAAAUUUAUGACCUGUGUAGUCAAUUAGUAACCUUGACUAGGAUUAAGGCAUCUGCACUUGUGGCCAAAACUGUUAUAAUACCCCACAGAAUUAAAUUUCCAAUUUGUUAUUAUCAGGAAGGGAAUGUAUCAGUGGGACGGUUGACUGCUAAGAGAUGUGUAGAGACUCGCCUCAAUGUUGGAGAGUGUAUUCAAGUUAACACAACCAAAUCUGAAACCCUAUAUUGUGGAAAGUGGGCUCAGGACAGACCCUCCUGUCCAACAGAUCACAAUUGCUUCAGGAUAGUAAAAUUAUGGUUACCAGCCCGGAACGGAACAUGGCCAGUGGAUGACGUGUUCUGGGUUUGUGGUACACGCUUGUACCUGAAUCUCCCACCGGGAUGGGAUGGAAUUUGUGCCCCUACCCAGGUGUCAGAUCACACCUUUGUCGUCGCGGCCGAGCCCAAAAGGCCAGAAAGGGUGAGGCAGAAUUUAGACAACGUGGAGAUUCACCAGGUAAAACACAUCUGGCAGAGCAAUGAUGUGCCAGAGGAGUUUAAGAUCUGGAAAGAUUGGGAGAGGGGUGGUCUGUCCAUGUUGCCCUGGUUGGGUAUUCCAAACUUACAGUUUCUAUUAGAAACAGUAAAUUAUCGAUUGGCUGUAUUCCUAAACGCAUCUCUCGUAGUCAACAAAGCCCAAAACAAAAUGUUGACUGAAAUCCGUACGAUGGUCCUCCAAAAUCGAUUAGUGUUAGAUUUGUUAACAGCGGCACAAGGCGGAGUAUGUGGAAUGAUAAAUGCCACGUGCUGUACGUAUAUAUCUGAUGGGAUAAAUUCUGAUUCGGCACAACAGGCGAUGAGGGUCCUGGAAAAAAUGCAAACUACUAUGACCACCGAGUUUCACGAAACAGCAGCACGAUGGAGCCUGUGGGGGUGGUUUACCUCCGGCUCCUGGUAGCAAAUAUUGCUAAAAUUCUUUACACCGGUUCUGAUUUUGAUUGGAGUUUUGAUUGUUUUCUCCUGCUGUGCCAUACCCUGUAUUAAGGCAAUGGUUACCAGGCUGGCAACCAAGCUGUUUGUGCAAUUACAAUUGGCUCACACACCAACCUAUACACUUUUGAACCUCGAGGAGCCCCAGGAAGGAUGUGAUAAUGUGGACUAAGGACAAGACACUUAUGAUGAUAAUUGAAAGUGUAAAGUAAUGAAGUUAUGAGUGAAAAUGUGUAAACAAGUGCUCAUGAUGGAUGAGUGAAAUUAUGCUGAAUUAUUAUCAUACAUUGUCAAUACAUUUAUUUUUACUCUAGCUAACUGCAAAUAAAUGCUAAAAGAGGAGGGAAAUGGAGAUUUUAUGAGUUAUCAUUUAUUUAAUUAAUCAUUGCCUGCUUACAUGAUAUUCAAUGUAAU